AUGUCACUGCCAGUCGGCCCAUUGGUAUCGCCGCGCGAGGCCAUGCGCCCGACUCACGAGGCGCUCCACGGCCAGACAACGUCGCUCGUGCCGCUCGAAGCAGGCCACGCCGCCGGCCUGUUCAAGAACCUAGGCGGGCCAGAGAACCAUGCGCGGUGGACGUACAUGCUCACGGGGGGCUUUGCCACGCUCGCCGAGUGCCAGCGGGACAUUGAGGCAUGGAGCGGCGACGCGGCCCCGGACAGGCUCUACUACGCGGUGCUGUCUGGGCCGGCGGCGAGCGGUGCGCGCGAGCCCGAGCCCGAGGGCAUCAUGUGCUACCUGGCCGUGGAGCCGGGGCACCGGCGCCUCGAGAUUGGCGGCGUGGUGCUGGGCGCGGCGCUGCAGCGGACGCGCCGGGCCACGGAGGCGUUUUACCUGCUCAUCCGGCAUGCGUUUGAGGACCUGGGCUACCUGCGCGUCGAGUGGAAGGCCAACAGGCUGAAUGAGGCGAGUCUGAGGGCCGCCGAGAGGCUGGGGUUCACGUUUGAGGGCGUGUUUAGGAAGCACAUGGUUGUCAAGGGCCGCGAGAGAGACACGGCGUGGUUUAGCAUGACGGAUGGGGAGUGGGCGCGCGUCAAGAGGGGAUUCGAGGCGUGGCUGGACGACGGGAAUUUUGAUUGUGACGGGAGGCAGAGGAGGGGGUUGAGGGAGUGUAGGGAGGGUUGA